AUGAAAAUAAAUAUAAUAAAAUAUUAUUAUAAAAAAAAUAAAAAAUUAUAUAAAUAUAAUAAUUUUAUUAUAAAAAAUUUUAUAAUAAUAAAAUUAAAUUUUUAUGAAUAUAUAAAAAAUAAUUUACAAAUAUUUAAUUUUAAAGGUAUUUUAAUUAGUAAAAAUUAUAAAUAUAAUUUUAUUAUAAUUUUAAAACAUAAUAAUUAUGAUAUAAUAUUAUUAUAUUUUUAUUUAAAUUCAUUAAAUUUAAUAAAUAUUUUUAAAAUAGGUAAAUUUAAUUUUAAUAAAAUUUAA